GUGAUACUUGUUUUGAAUAUAAUAAAACAAAUAUAUAAUUUUGUGUCAAUCGUUCGACUGUAUUUCCGUUGCAGUUACACUAUUUUGUUGAGCUUUAUUAUUUCAUGCUAUAAAAGUCAGCAGCAUUAGACCAGAAGUCGAUUUUCGUAAAAAGAGGCAAAGAGCAGAGACUAAAAAUGGAUUACUCACUUUUACGUCAAGUGCUGAUCGGUGUUGUAUGUAAUCUUCUAAUCGUCGACAGUGGCUUUCACGAAGGUUGGAGCACUCCGAUGAUCCCAAAAUUAGAACACGAUGAUACACUCGCUAAGGUAACAUCUGAACAAGGAGCAUGGAUCAUCAACUUGAUGUACGUGGGCGUGGGCGUAGGCUCAGUGAUACCCCUAUUACUCAUGGAUCGAAUUGGAAGAAAAUGGACUCUGCUGAUAGCGGCAAUACCAAAAAUAAGUAGUUGGAUCAUAUUCGCCUGCGCCCAGGAUUAUGCAGCUUUCUACGUAGGCCGAUUAAUAGCCGGAAUUGGUACGGGAGUUACGUAUUGCGUGACUCCAAUGUACCUUGGUGAGAUUAGUACGAAAAGGACGAGAGGACCUCUAAGUGCAUCGUUAGCAGUAUGGAUCAACAUUGGAAUGUUAAUAAUAUAUGCUAUUGGAUUGUGGACCUCGCGAUUGGUUAUGUCGUUGAUCGCCGUGACCGUACCGUUAAUGUUUCUCCUGAGUUUUAUGUGGCUACCGAAAAGUGCAAUAUUUUUGGCUAAAAAAAAUCGACUAGGUAAAGCAGAACGAGUUUUGAAAUGGUCGCUGGGACGUGAUAAUGUCGACGAGGAACUCGAAGAAAUUAAAAGAAUCGUUUCGUGUGAGGAAUCAGAGAAGAUCACUUUCUGGAACUCAUUAACCGAGUCUGUAAUGAGAGUCGAAAGCAGAAAAGCAUUUGGUAUAACUGGUAUUCUUAUGUCAGCCAUGAUUUUUUCUGGCGCAGCCCCAAUUCUCGCCUACCAAUCUUAUACCUUUGAGGAAGCUGGUUUCGGUGUAUCGACGGAGAUAAGCGUUCUCGCUUCGGGCUUGGCCAUUGUCGUGUCUGGUUUCGCUUGUGUUGUUCUCGUAAAGCGCACUGGCAAGAGGAUGUUGCUAUUGAUCGCCGCACCAGCCACGGUGUUAAGUCUAUCGGUUGUAGCGAGUUUUUUCACCUUGAAAACUUGGGAAGUUGACGUCUCAGGUAUAAAGUGGGUACCCACUCUCUUCAUCAUGACAUACGCUUUAGCAUAUGGUUUAGCUCUCAAUCCACUACCGCUAAGUUAUAUCAGCGAAAUCUUUCCGAUGGAUGUUAAAGUACCAGCGGCUCUAUACUGCUCACUAUUUUAUGCCACGGGAAGUCUGUUAGUUGUAGAAAUUUAUCAGGUACUGCAGGAGUCUUACGGUACGUACGUACCAUUCUGGUGCUUCGCCGCAAUAACAUCGUUCUUGUGGCUCUUAAUCUACUUAUUUGUACCAGAGACCGCGGGAAAGAGCUUGGAAGAGAUUCAAAUGGAGCUGCGAGGAAAAAGUUCGCCACUGGAAACGUAGAUGCCGAUAAGUGAAUCGAAGCAUUGUUAUUAACGCUGUGACCCGUGAGCAACACAAAGAGGGUUCGCACUGCUGUUGGCAAAGUACUCGACGAUCGAUAUAACCAACGUUUCUGCUCGAUAUUCAUCUCCGUUCGUGUACUUUCUAACAUAGAUUCAAGAUCUACUUUUUGAUAAAAAUCAAAAAUACUUUCGUAUU